CUCGAGCCCCGCUUCGCGGCGCCAUGGGGAAUGCGUGUCCACACUGGACACCGGCGCCAGCGGCCAAGCCGAAUGUGGUCAUGGUCACAGCACAAGAGGUGCGCGAAAACGGAUGGUUGAUCAUUUUCGGGAAGGUCUACAAUGUCAAAGAGUACCUGGGGAAACAUCCCGGCGGCGCCGACAUUUUGCUGAGCGUGGUGGGCCGUGAUGCCACCGUGGAGUUCGAGACCAUGCGACAUUCGCAGCUGGCGCUGAACCAGUUGGAACAGCUCUUGGUGGGAGUCUAUGACUCGUCCCGCUCUGAUGCAGAAAUGACGGAUAAGUCCGCUCACGGGAACCCAAAAAAGUUGGGAUUGACUGGUGGUCGGCUCACUCAAAAGGAGGGUCUACAAGAGAAGUUGUGGGACGUGGGCGAACGCGGCUUUCUGCCUGCCGUGGAUCCAGUGAAGGAGUUGCCUGCGCCAUGGGAUGAACUUGUGAAAAUCAUGGAUUUCGUCCCCAGCUACUCUGUCCAAGGCAGAUUUCGAGAGAUUGCCGAUAGUGAACUCCAAGAUCUGCCCAGUUCGCGGCAGGGGAUUGAAGAAGCCACCAAAGAUCUCAGUGAAGGGGAGUUGGAAUGUCUACAUUCCGUUCUGGGCUAUGUGUGCUUGGCCUACAUUCAUUCUCCACCAGAUGUCUAUGAACAAGAUGCCGAUGAAACGGUGAACAUCAUGGGUCGCCUUGAAAGCGCCGAGCUUCGCUUACCCAAGUGGCUCAGCAUGCCAUGGCUGUCGGUGUCACAAACCUUGGGACGGCGACCCAUGUUGGACUACGCUGGCUGCGUGCUGAACAACUGGGAACGCAUCGACCCAGAGCGGCCCUUGAAGCCUUCGAACCUGCGGCUGCUUCGACGCUUCACGGGCUUGGUGGAUGAAGAAUGGUUCUUCAAGACACAUAUCAUCAUUGAGGCAGAAGGCAGCCACGUGGUGAGUAGUUUGGUGGCCAUCAGUAACGCUGUACAGUCCAACGACGAGAGAAGUCUGUUGGAAGAGUUACGCUCUUUGGAGGAGAAUUUGUGGAGGUUGUCCUCCGUGUGUUUGCCCAUCAUGUUUGCACGUUCCCCACAGGACCAUUCACUGCUAUGUGAGCCGUUCCUCUUUUUCUUCCGCUUGAGAGCUUACAUCAAAUCAGUUGAUGUCAAGAUGGUGGGAGAAGAUGAUGAACUUGAGGAAUAUCACCUCCAUGGUCCCUCAGGUGCUAUGUCGACCAUCUUGCCAUCGGUGGAUGCAUUGCUUGGCAUUCGAAAUACUUCUGCAAACCUCCGUGAGGCCGUUAAGACCUUCGAAAAUUAUGUUCCCAGAGAUCACAGAGACUUCUUGGAUCACCUCAGAAAUGCCCCCGAGAGUGUGAAGAGCUUCAUCGAGUCGCGGAGGCACAGCAUCGAUGAGGGCACCUGGUUCGCCCUGGCGGCGGCCUUCAAUUCCUGCAUCUCACGAGUUUUAGAUUUCCGAUGGCGCCAUUGGAGCUUCGUGGAGCAGUUUAUUGUGCGCCCCUCAUCCUCCAAGGCCGCGGCUUCCGCGAGCGCCAGCGUGUGCCCCAUGAUGGAGCGGGAACGGUCAGAGCGGCCACAGCCGGUGGGCACUGGUGGGACCACCUUCGACUACCUGCAACAGCACAUCACCGAUUCGCAGAUGGCGCGAAUUCCCCUGGGGGUGGUGGAGAUGUCGUUGCUGAAGACCCCCGAAGUCGCCAAGAUCUUCCGUCCGCAGAUGCCCAACGUGCCACUGCUGGAUGGCAGCCUCUGGGAUGUUGGAGGACCCAACGGAUUUGUAGCAAAUCGCGACGGUCUUCUGCCGGGCUGGGGUCCCUUCUUCCAAGGUCCCUUUCCAGGCUGCGAAGCUCUGCAACAGCUGGUGGCGAUGAUCCCAACCUUUUGCUUCACCUACCCUGGCCUGGAACACGUGGAGGAGAACCGCGGCUUCGCUCAUCCCUUCGUCUCGAAAUGCGAGGCGUUGAAGGAGCCACUUCUGGAGCUCAGCGCUGUAGCCGCGACCAUGGGAAUUUUGGACUUGGAGCACUGUUGGCUGCUGCUGUCCUUUGUGGUCUCUGCUUAUCACACCGCCAAUCGCACCGUGGCUCCUCUGGCCGCCACCUGCCCCGUGACGGGUAGCGCUGGUGCCCAGUGCCCAGCCAAGGGGAAGCCGACGGAAGCUUUGCGUGAGACAGCAUUGCGACUGCUACCAGAUUGGCUAAAGAGUAUUGUCCUGCACUUUGAAGUCCUGGUGGGUCGCGAAUGGCACGGUGCUCCGGAAUACAGCGAGCUAGUGCUGAACAACUGGAAGAUUCAUCCAAAGGACUUGGCAAAGCUGAAGGACGACUUCGUCCUCUCACGGGAUACAGUCCACUUGGUGCAACCCAUCGCACGCUUCAUUGCGACUCCAGAUGAGGAGUGGCAUCGUAAGCUGCACCUGGUCUUAGAAGCCGAAGGUGGACGAGCGGUUUCCACCGCCCACAGCAACAUCACCCCUGCAAUCUCAGCGAGAGACAACGGAGCAGUCAUUGGGGCGCUGAAUCAGUUAGCCGCCGACGUGGAUUCUUUGUCGGAGUUUCAAAUGCGACAGUUCGACCAGAAGGACAGCCGCGGUGAGGCGCUUCUCAUGCAGCGGCUACGAGCCUUCGUGGCAGAAGACCUGUCGGAAGAAGACUACGCAGUGUGGGUCUACACUGGGGGUUCAUCCCCGUUGCUUCCUGCGAUGCAUGCUAUUUUGGGGCUCCGAAAGUUGGAUGGAAUCUCUGGGCCUUUGCAAGAGCAUUGGCAGAUGCAAGGUCGACAAUGCAUGCCCAAGAGCCACCGAAACUUCUUGGAGAACCUGGAGCAUGGUGUCUCUGUGCGAGCCUAUUGCCUUCGCGAAUGGAGAAAAGUGCCCGUCGAAGGGAUUGCAGCAUUGGAAGAUGCCUUCAACAACUGCAUCGAAUCCCUCCUCAAGUAUUGCUCCCUACGUCAACGCUUGGUGAGUCGCAUGUUUCCCGAUGUAUCGCGGAUCCGUCGCCUGAGUGCUGAGCAGGAACAAGUGAUCCGCAGUGGUCGCUUGGCGUUGCUCCAGAUGCGCCGGGUGGCCGACGCACAUCGCAUGCAUUUGACCAAGCCACCAGUGCCAGUGCCAUCCCUUUAGGACCGGUCAGCGAAAAUUUUCCGCAUGGCCAAUGGAGGAAAUGCAAUAGAAAUG